AUGGGACAGGAUGCCUUCAUGGAGUCCUUCAGCAACACAGCUGGGGUCUUCCAGUGCAAAAUAUACCUCCUUCUCCUAGGCACAGCAGGUGUUUGCUCGGGACUGAAGGUGGCAGUGCCAUCACACAUUGUCCACGGCAUCAGAGGUCAGGCCCUCUACCUUCCUGUGCACUAUGGAUUCCACACUCUGGCAUCAGACAUUCAGAUAAUAUGGCUAUUUGAGAGACCCCAUACGAUGCCCAAAUACUUACUGAGCUCUGUGAACAAGUCUGUAGUUCCUGACCUGGAAUACCAACACAAGUUCACCAUGAUGCCGCCCAAUGCAUCUCUGCUCAUCAACCCACUGCAGUUCACUGAUGAAGGCAAUUACAUCGUGAAGGUCAACAUUCAGGGAAAUGGAACUCUCUCAGCUAGUCAGAAGAUACAAGUCACUGUUGAUGACCCUGUCACGAAACCAGUGGUACAAACUCAACCUUCUACUGGGGCUGUGGAGUAUGUGGGGAACAUGACCCUCACCUGCCUAUUGGAAGGGGGCACCCGACUGGUUUACCAAUGGCUAAAAAAUGGGAGGCCUGUCCAUAGCAGCUCAACCAACUCCUUUUCUCCCGAAAACAACACCCUUCAUAUUGUUCCAGUGACCAAAGAAGAUAUUGGGAAUUACAGUUGCUUGGUGAAGAACCCUGUCAGUGAGAUGGAAAGUGAUAUUAUUAUACCUACUAUAUACUAUGGACCUUAUGGACUACAAGUUAAUUCUGAUAAAGGCCUAAAGGUUGGGGAAGUGUUUACUGUUGAUAUUGGAGAAGCCAUCUUGUUUGAUUGUUCUGCUGAUUCUUACCCUCCCAACACUUAUUCCUGGAUCCAGAGGAGUGACAAUACAACAUUUAUCAUUAAGUAUGGACCUCGUUUGGAAGUUGCAUCUGAGGAAGUGGCUCAAAAGACAACUGAUUAUAUGUGCUGUGCUUACAACAAUGUUACUGGAAGGCGAGAUGAAACUCGCUUCACAGUCAUCAUCACUUCUGUAGGACUGGAAAAGCUUGCCCAAAAAGGGAAAUCGUUGUCCCCUUUAGCAAGUAUAACUGGAAUAUCACUAUUUUUGAUUAUAUCUAUGUGUCUUCUCUUCCUCUGGAAAAAGUAUCAACCCUACAAAGUUAUAAAGAAGAAGCUAGACGGCAGGCCAGAAACAGAAUACAAGAAAACGCAAACAUUUUCAGGCCAUGAAGAUGCUCUGGAUGACUUUGGAAUAUAUGAAUUUGUUGCUUUUCCAGAUGCUUCUGGUGUUCCCAGGAUGCCCAGCCGGUCUAUUCUAGCCUCUGAUGGUGUAUCAGUGCAAGAUUUGCACAGUACAAUUUAUGAAGUUAUUCAGCAUAUCCCUGCCCAACAAGAAGACCAUCCAGAGGGAGCAUUCCUGGACAGAGCAGUGCAUUGAAGUGAAAUAAUGAAGGAACAUUUUGAGGGAAACAUUGUAAAUGUUUAUUCAUCUGAAAUCAGUGAUCAAUUCCCGUCUGGAGGUGACCCACAUGGUGCCACAUGGUGUGGCAGACCUAUCCUGUC